AUGGCGGACGCGGCUGGACCGCGACAAAAGCGUCCCCGUCGCUGCCUGCUGCCGCUCGCGCGGCUCCCGCCCAGCCCCCGCGCCGUUGACACCACCAGCCGUGUCCCCACAUCGGGAAACGCCGCGAAAAAUCGCGCUGAGGGCGCAGCAUCGGGGGCGGGGUCGCGGGGGCGCUUCGGGCAGCUGAUUGGACAGACACACUUAUGGCGACGAAUUGGGAAGUCACGUGAUGCCACACCAAAGAUGGCGGUUCGCGCUCUCAGCGCGAUUUCCCGCGGCGUUUCCCGGUGUGGGGACACGGGCGGUGGGGUCAGCGGCGCCGGGGCCGGGCGGGAGCCGCGCGCGGGGCGGCAGGCAGCGGCGGGGACGCCUCUGUCGCGGUCGCGCCGCGCCGCACGUGAUAAAAGCCCCCGGCGCCACCCAGUGCCGGGUUGGGCUCUUCGCUGGCCGCCCGGCGCCUCUCCCCGCUUUCCCCCCGGCCCGGGGAAAUGCAGGAAAACACAAAACCAUCGAGGAAUUACAGUCACCGGAGCUGCCCGGGCCAUCCCCCUGCCCGAAGGGCGGCUUCUGCCCGGAGCCGGGAGCACCCAGCAGGACGCAGCUCCUUUUUUCCAGGAGGCUGAUGCAGCUGAACUGGUUCCCAUGGGCUUCACCACAACCACAGAAUUCCACCAGCGGCAGUCAGAGAUCAUCCAGAUCCCCCGUGGCUCCAAAGAGCUGGAUAAGCUGCUUCAAGGAGGAAUAGAAACAGGGUCCCUAACGGGGUUAUUCGGGGAAUUCUGUACUGGGAAGACGCAGCUGUGUCACUGCCUGGCAGUCACUGGUCAGCUCCCCACAGACCCUGGGGGCGGGAGCGAGGGAGAAGCCACAUCCAUGGACACAGAGGGGAUCUUCUGUCCAGAGUGGCUCCUGGCUGUGGCUGAAAGGUCUGUGAGAGGAAUAGUUUGACUCACGACUCAGCUGGAAACUAUUUUCCACAGGUCCUGGAGGUUGAUUUGGCAGGUGUUCCCUGUAGUGGGUUGACCCUGAGUUGAUGGACAGUCUUUUAGACUGAUGACGCUUCUCACAAUUUACAUAUUUAAACUGCGCGGAAAGGCGGGAAUUGCCUUUUGUCCCAGCUCGCCUGCCAGAAGGUGGGGGGGCCUUGGAGCCUCCGAGCCACUGGGCCAGGACCCCUGCCCCCCCCUUCCCCAACGCCACGGCACGGACCCUGGGUUGCUGGGGGGGCACUGUCCCAGAGCCGCAGGCAGCUCAAACCAGCCAGGGACUGCCACGCGGCUGAACCCAUCUGCUGCGGCUCCCUGGGAACAGGCGGGUCCCUCUCCUCUCCAUGCAGAGCCAACGGGAGCCAGCAGAGCCUCCUGUCUGCAGCCAGCACACUCCG